GUUUUUAUUGUUGUUGCCCAGUUGCUGCGGAGAAUCGUCGCGUAAAAAGUGUUUUAAUUUUUCCACAAAAGGGACGGUUCUAGUUUGCCCGUUGUCCACCCGGUAAAGGCUCCCAAUCGAGAUGGCAGACCCUCGUAACCCUCCGUCGUACGACGAAGUCAUGUCCGAGAACCGCCAACCAAUACGCCAAGACACUCCAGCGGUCGUGACCGUCGCUCCGUCCGCGCCGUACCCUCAGCAGCAGUAUUACCCAUAUCCGAGUGCUCCCGCGCCGGCGAUGCAACCGUUGCCAAAUUACGGUUCCAUACAGAGCAGCGGAGUGAAGGUUCCGCUCCAGCCGGGUGUUGUUGUGCCACUGGGUCAAGCAACAGGUGCCGGAGGUGGUCCCAGCACGACGGCGACCACGGUGGUCAUUCCGCAGGAAAUUAUCGUCGUCGGUGGAUGUCCGGUUUGCCGAAUUGGGAUGCUGGAGGACGAUUUCACCUGCUGUGGAAUCUUCUGUGCGAUCUUUUUCUUCCCCGUGGGCAUCCUGUGCUGUCUGGCGAUGAAGAACCGCCGGUGUUCAAACUGUGGGGCACAGUUUUAAAGGUAGGACGCAAUCCAUGAUUUCCAUCGAAUCGCUGCUAGAUCUGACGCAAAUGAUGAGCUACAAUCAUUGGAGAGAGGUUGCAGGGUAAGAGGGGGAAUUUAUUUACCGGAAAUGAUUUAUUUUCCAUAAAAAUAGGCAUACGGUUAAGUACCCACAACUCGACGAUAAUUGGAAAAUGUUCCUCGCAGAAAUUUAAAAAGUCUGCCUCAAAAUUUCUACGGAUUAAUUUACCUUUACUAGUGUAUGUAAAAAAACAAAUUAUUCAGUUUUUUAUGAUCGAGGAAUGGGUCGGAUUCCGUGUAAAAAUUGCAUUAUAUUGUUAAAUUGGGAUAAAACGAGCACCUGUGUAUACUAGGAAGGUGCAUUAUGUGGUGUUAAAACGGCUAUCAAAAUGUUUUAUUAUAAAUAAGCACCAAAUAA